GCGGCCAGGCCGGGCGGGGCAGAGCCGGGGCGGGGCGCUGUGCCGCAGCUGGAUGGCCGGGGCCGUCCGGAGCGCCUCCGCCGCCGUCGCCGCCGCACGCACGUGGCAUGCCUGGAUGUCCCUGCCCUGGUUGUGGCAUGGCGGGACAGAGGCUCCUCUUCCUCGCUGCUCUUGCGCUGGAGCUCCUGGGAGGGGCUGGGGGUUCCCAGCAGGCCUUCCGGAGCCGGGGGGUGGCAGCGGCCUGUCGCCUGGACAAUAAGGAAAGCGAGUCCUGGGGGGCCCUGCUGAGUGGCGAGCGGCUGGACACGUGGAUCUGCUCCCUCCUGGGCUCACUCAUGGUGGGGCUCAGCGGGGUCUUCCCGUUGCUCGUCAUUCCCUUGGAGAUGGGGACCACGCUGCGCUCAGAAGCUGGGGCCCGGCGCCUGAAGCAGCUGCUCAGCUUCGCCUUGGGGGGACUCCUGGGCAAUGUGUUUCUCCACCUGCUGCCCGAGGCGUGGGCCUACACGUACAGUGCCAGCCCUGGUGGUGAGGGGCAGAGCCUGCAGCAGCAACAGCAACUGGGACUGUGGGUCAUUGCUGGCUUCCUGACCUUCCUGGCGCUGGAGAAGAUGUUCUUGGACAGCAAGGAGGAGGAGACUAGCCAGGCCCCCAGCAAAGACCCUGCAGCUGCGGCCGCGCUCAGUGGAGGCCACCAUCUGGCCCAGCCAGCUGCAGGGCCCGGCCUGAGCGCCGUGGUCCGGAACAUCAAAGUCAGUGGCUAUCUCAACCUGCUGGCCAACACCAUAGACAACUUCACCCACGGGCUGGCUGUGGCUGCCAGCUUCCUUGUGAGCAAGAAGCACCCUCAUCUACGCCUCCCUGCUGCUCUCCUGGACACGGCCUCCUUCUGUCUCCACCACCGACUGAUCGGACUCCUGACCACCAUGGCCAUCCUCCUGCAUGAGAUCCCCCAUGAGGUGAGCGACUUUGCCAUCCUGCUCCGGGCCGGCUUUGACCGAUGGAGCGCAGCCAAGCUGCAGCUCUCGACGGCCUUGGGGGGCCUGCUGGGCGCCUGCUUCGCCAUCUGUACUCAGUCCCCCAAGGGAGUAGAGGAGACCGUGGCCUGGAUCCUGCCCUUCACCUCUGGCGGCUUUCUCUACAUCGCCCUGGUGAACGUGCUGCCCGACCUCUUGGAGGAAGAUGACCCAUGGCGCUCUCUGCAGCAAGUGCUUCUGCUCUGCACGGGCAUUGUGGUGAUGGUGCUGUUCUCGGUCUUCGUCGAGUAACUGUCCCUGACGCCCCACCCCCUGCACAGCAAUAAUAGACUCAGAUCAACUCUGUGACUGUGUGUGUGUGUGUGUGUGUGUGUGUGUGUGUGUGUGUGUGUGUGUGUGUGUGUGUGUGUGUGUGUGUGUGUGUGUGUGUGUGUGUGUGUGUGUGUGUGUGUGUGUGUGUGUGUGGCAGAGAGCGAGCGAGUCCUCCUAACUGACAAGAGGACGGGGUGUGUGUGUGGUGUGCAUGUGACCGUGUGCAAGACCGACACUGUGAUCCCUUGUGUGCUGGGCCCAGGGCCCGAUGCCCAUGCCUGCCCCCAGCCACACUGCGGUCUUCUCUCCUUGGCCCCCCGUCACCUUGCACCCCCUGGAGUCGGCAGUGAGGAACAGGAACACUGGUCCCAAGCAGAGGCCUCUGCCCACCAGGACGCCAGGAGGAGUGGGAGCAGCCCAAGGAGCCCAGGGCUGCAGGGAGCCCCAGAGCUGUCUCCUGCUGGGGCCUCAUGGGUCCCUGGCCUGAGGGAGUGAACCUCUGCACAUGCACGCAGCCCUGGGCAGCCAGGAACCGAGGCUGGGGUGCCUCCUCUCUGCUGUGUCCAGUGUUCUGGCCCUUCCUUCACCAGCUCCAAGGCCAAAGAAAGGAGAGGCAGGUGCUCGUGUAGCCCCCAGCGCCACUCAGCACUGACAGUCCUACCCCUCCCAGCAUGGAGCCGGGAGAUGCUUUCUAAGACCUUUUCCCCCGCGGCUGCUUGCCCUGGCCCAGCUUCUGUUCCCCCAGGGAAUGCUCCCUGGCAACGCCCGCGGCUCUGCCACCUCCAGCUGCCAAACAGCAGCCAGCAGGGCAGCGAGUAGCCCCGGGCCAGAGGCUUCCCAGUCGGCUCAGGGGUGCUCCUGCCAGCACAGGGUCCCGGCAGACACUCGGAGGGCAGGAGGAGGGAGCAGUGGCUGCCACCACCCCGCCCCCGCCCCCGCCCCCGGCGCGGGCCCUUGUCCUGUCCCACUGUGGGCGGGGCUCGGCGGGGGUGGCGAGGGCUGCACACUGUCAGCACUCAGGAAUGUGCUCUGGGGAUGCUGAAGCCAUAAUCCCCAGCUAUUUCCCUUGGCUGACGCCCAGGUACUCAGCUGGCCCACUCCACAGCCAGGCUCCAGCCCUGCUACUUGACCGUGGGCGUCUUGAGAAGUAGCCAUCGAGAGGGUCUGAAUGGUUUUACAGCAGCUUUGCUGUGGUUCCAUUUGUAUCUGUAAAUACCUGUUCCAUAGAUGAGAUGCAAAUAAAUAUACACAAACCGGCUGCCUCUGUUCUGCGUCCCAGAGCCCAUGGUCAAGCAGGGCUCUUCCGGCCACCCCGUGCUCCGGCCAGUUUGGCUGCUCUGCGGGCCCAGCUCCCGCAGGCCGCCCAGCUGGUCUCCAUCAUCAUCCCCGCCCUCUGGGCCUCCUGCUUCGUCUCUGAGCUGUUACUUUUGGGGUGCUUCUCACAACAGGGUAUACAU